AUGAAGGUGAUUGAUGGCAAACCCGAAUACAAGAAUGCGUUCGACGUAUGGGUGAAGGUAAUAAAGAAUGAAGGUGUGUUUGCAUUGUGGAAGGGUUUCACGCCGUAUUACAUGCGUCUUGGACCACACACUGUAAUCACAUUCAUUUUCCUCGAGCAAAUGAAUGCCGCCUACUACAAGUAUGUGCUGGGAAUCGAGGCAAAAGCCGGCCUAUAG